UCCAGUGCUGCAUACGUCCCCGAAAGAUGCAGGGCUUCUAAAAAUGAUUUUUUUUUUUCGGUCUAGCAUCUAGUUAUUAGGCAGCAAUAGAAACUAAGGGUAUUUUCGCCCUUAGACAAGACAAGUUGGUAUUAAAUAUAGAACAACCCGCACUACUGGAAUAAAAUAGGAAAAGGAACGAAAGAACCGACACCACCGGAGAAGAGAGUGAGACUGUGACCCGAAAUUUAUUUGCAAAAGCUCACCAGACUUCUCAAAAAGGAAUAAUGAGGAACACUUGGAUAUUGCUAACUCUUACAGCACUAUGCUUCCUGGGUGAAAAGAUGGUGGUGACAGGUCAAACUGUCCCACCUGAUAUCCUGUACCUUGAAGACCAUUCAGGUGAUUAUCCUGUUGAUGAUGAUGACUUCAGCUCCGGCUCUGGAUCAGGUUUCAGUGAAAGUGAUGAUGAAGAUAUGCUGACCUCACACAUCGGAUCCACGGAGCACCCCCUGCAGACCAGCAGUGCUACCCUGGAAACACCCUCUCUCCAAGAGGCAGAGACAGUUUUGGAGACCAUACUCGAGAGAGAGCUGGAAACUGAGGUACCUGACUAUCAGACUGAGGAGCCCCAGGUCAGUGUUCUAGCCAUCAGUACCAGCAGUUUCCCUGGUCUGGCAAAGGGAUCUGACAAGCAACCCAAGGUACACACAGAAAACCUCUUCCAGAGAAAAGAGGUGCUGGCAGCUGUUAUAGCAGGUGGUGUGAUCGGCUUCCUAUUUGCUAUCUUCCUCAUCCUCCUUUUGGUGUACCGCAUGAGGAAGAAGGAUGAGGGGAGCUACGAUCUGGGAGAACGCAAACCACCAAGUACAGCCUAUCAGAAGGCUCCCACCAAGGAGUUCUAUGCCUAAAUGACAAAUCACUCUCAAGAUUAACAUUCAUAUGAGAACCAUUUCCUCAGUAUUCUAAAAGAAAAGCUGGAAUCACAAAAGACUGAGGAGGGUUUUAUUUGGAACCUUUACUUAUUUAAUAACAAAGGUAUUUUUGCUUCAUAAAGCCAAUCAGGUCUUGUGUUUUCAUCUUGGAUCACAUUUUGUUUCUUUUGUGGUUUUUGAGAAAGUAAUGUGGGAGAAAGUAAUGUGUAUUAUAAAACAGUGAAUUCUUUCUCAGUAUUUUCACCCAUUGACUACUUUGUAACUGUAAAGGUACAUAUUUGAGGGUUUUGGUUUUUUUGUUGUUUUUUUUUAACAGGAAAGAGGUAGAAAUGUGGAAUAUAAUUGUAUUUCAUUUUUUUAUGUUUUAAUAAUUACCCUGAUCAUACUACAACAGUUUCUCCAUAACCUAUGAUGUCAAUAUUGACCUCAUUUCUAAUUUAGAUGCCAUAAAUGUUUUUAUUUUUAUAAAGGUUUCUCUCUCUUGGGCUUGACAUUUUUUUAGUUUUGUCAACAUAAAUUUGUAUAUUUUUGUCAUGUCAGCUUCAGAGUAUGAGAGGACCAAUCAUCCUGCAAAAUGUCUAAAUGUAUCUUGCCAUAUUUCCUAUAUUUCAUUUUCCAUUGAUUGCUUCAGUCUCAAAACUCCCAGAUGUUCAGAUUUCCUUUUUUAGCCAAGAACAAAUUCUGACAUGCUUCAUCCAUCUAUCUAUCUAUCUAUCUAUCUAUCUAUCUAUCUAUCUAUCUAUCUAUCUAUCUAUCUAUCUAUCUAUCU